CGGGACUGCUAUGCCUUCCUGCGGGAGGGGGUGCGCUACCAGCACACGGCGCCUGCCGGCUCCCCUGACCACGACUAUGUGCCCAUGAGGGUGGACGCACUGCCUGCCGGGGCAGCGGGGCCCGGCGAGCGGGAGUAUUUCCAGGUGGUGGUGCGGAUCCGUGAGGGCGCCGAGAACAAGCCCCCCCGGCCCAGCUCCGCGGCGCUGCUGGUGAUGGAGGUGGACCAGUUUGUGCUUGCCGCCCUCACCCCCGAGGCGCUGGCCGCCGAGGACCUGGAGACCCCUGCAGACCUGCUGCUUUUCAACCUCACCUCGGGGGGUGGUGCCGACCUGCGCCGGCACGGCUACCUGCUCAGCACCGACGACCCCGGCCGGCCGCUCUCCACCUUCACCCAGCGCGAGGUAAGGGAGCUGAAGAUCGCCUACCAGCCGCCCACCAUGGACUCGGACCGGGAACGGCUCUUUCACCUGGAAAUGGAGGUGCUGGACCCUGAGGGCGCCUCUUCGGAGCCCUUCGCCUUCGUGGUGGUGGUGAAGCCCAUGAACACGCUGGCCCCUGUGGCCACGCUCAACCGAGCCUUGGGCCCCCAGCUAAUGCUGUUUGAGGGCCAGUCCCGGCCGCUUGCAGGCAGCCUGGAGAUCAGUGACGAGGACAACCUGGAUGAAGUGAAGGUCUGGGUGGCGCGGGGCCUACGGCAUGGCGAGCUGAAGGUGCUGGGGGCACCGCCUGGCCGCAAGCACUUCACAGCUGCUGAGCUGGAGGCCGGGCAUGUGGUUUACCAGCAUGAUGGCAGUGAGCAAAGCUACAGCGACAACAUUGUCUUCCAGAUGGAGGAUGGGAAGCACCAGGUGGAGUUUCUUUUCCCCAUCACGAUUGCCCCGGCUGACGAUCAGCCACCCCUGCUCAAUGCCAACACCCGGCUGGUGCUGCGAGAGCACCAGGCAGUCCAGAUCUCACCCUUCAUUCUCAGUGCCACAGAUAUCGACUCUGACGAUGCCACUAUCCGCUUCGUACUUCAAGAGGAGCCUAUAAUGUCUUCCCAAGCUUUGCGUCCCCACCGCCGCCUAGGUGAGCUGCUGCUGCGUCAGGCAGAGCCGCCACCAUCCUACGAGAAAGGAAAGGAUGUAGAGAAGGCUGGUGGUGCCCCUCCCUCCUCUUGGCACUUUGUGGAGAGUGAGGGUAUGUAUGAGAAGGUGGUGAGUGAGUGGCGGCAGCAGGACAUCCUGGAUGGAAGGUUGUUCUACAGGCACACUGGACCGCAUAGCACCACCUCUGUGACAGAUCAGAUCUUCUUUCACCUCCAGGAUGAUAAUGAUCCCCCUAAUGAGUCUGGGGAGCAGGUGCUCACUGUCAAAGUGCAGCCAGUUGACAGCUUGCCUCCAGAACUGUACCCAGGCACUAGCCUACAAUUGACUGUCCUGGAAUACCAGUUGACCUACUUCAAAAAGCGCUAUCUGCGCUACACUGACCUGGACACAGAUGACAGAGAGUUGAAAUACACCCUGCUCACACCCCCAAUGGAUAUUGAUGAAAACCACUCUGUACUAGCUGGGGAGAUUGUGCUGGCUGACAACCCUGAGAUGUCCAUUAUCCAGUUCACCCAAGCCCAGGUGAACCACCACAAGGUGGCUUACCAACCUCCAAACCAAGAGCUGGGGAUCACCCCAAGGGUGGUGCAAUUUACCUACAGUGUUGAGGACUCAGCAGGCAACUCUAUACCAGGUACUUUCACUCUCUUCCUCCAGCCAGUGGACAACCAGCCACCCCAGAUCACUAACACAGGCUUUACUGUGCUUGAAGGAAGCAACUUCCUUCUCAUGAGUAGUCAAUUAGAUGCUACUGACCCAGACACAGACACAGACCGCAUUAUCUUCACUUUAACCCAGGCACCCCAGCACGGCCAUUUGUAUUAUUUGGAGGAGGGUAUGAUGGUCCAAGGGGAAUCUUUCCUGCUAGAUGAUAUUGCCAGUGGGCGCAUAUCCUAUCAACACAGUGGUGAUGAGUUCACCAGUGACUCUUAUCAACUAGAAGUGAGUGAUGGUGUCCACCAUGUGCCAAUCACUGUCAGGAUCACUGUGCAGCCAGUGGAUGAUGAAAGCCCUAGCAUCACUCUUCCUGGUGGUAAUGGGCUUCUGGGAGCCUCAAUUGAUGUCCUGGAAAAUGGUGCCACUGAGAUCACUACCUCCCUUAUCCAGGGAACAGAUGAGGAUACUGAUGACUUGGCACUGACUUUCAUUGUAGAGGAUCCCCCUAAACUGGGUGACAUUCUGGUGAAUGGGAUUCACUCAGAGAGAUUCACUCAGCAGGAUCUCAUAAGUGGGACAGUAGUCUAUGCUCAUACUGGUGGAGAGAUUGGCCUGAAGAAGAGCCAUGACUUCUUCAAUCUCACCAUCUCUGAUCUCUCCAGUGAGUGGGUAGUGGGAGGCAGCAUGGUACAAGGUGUACGUGUAUCUGUGACUGUGUUGCCUGUGGAUAGCAUUGCACCUGAAGUGACGGUUGGGGCAGAGCGCUUUGUUGUCUCUGAGGGGGGGAAGAAUAUCUUGACUCUGGAGCAGCUGGAUGCAGAGGAUCUAGAUAGUCCUAGGGAUGACCUCUUGUGCACCAUCACUGUUCAGUCCACUUCUGGAUACCUGGAAAACAUCUCUCCAGCCCCCGGCUCUGAAAAAUCUAGGGCUGGCACUGCCAUCAGUGCCUUUUCCAUUAAAGAUAUUCGUCUGGGACACAUCAACUAUGUGCAGAGCAUUCACAAAGGGGUUGAGCCUGUAGAGGACAGAUUCACUUUCCACUGCUCUGAUGGCAUCAACUGCUCUCCUCACCAUUUCUUCCCCAUUGUCAUUAUCCCCACCAAUGAUGAAAAGCCUGAGCUGUUUAUGCGAGAGUUUGUGGUGCUUGAAGGAAUGAGCCUAGUGAUAGACACACCCAUCCUUAAUGCAGCUGAUGCUGAUCUUCCCCCAGAUGAGCUUCACUUCUUCAUCACUGUUCCUCCUAAGCAUGGGCGGAUUGUGCAGCAGCUGGCAACCGGUACCAUACCUGUUCACAACUUCACAUUGGAGGAGAUCCAAGAGGCCUCUAGCAUUGUGUAUGAACAUGAUGAUUCAGAGACUAAAGAAGACCGCUUCAAAAUCCGGCUAAGCGAUGGCCAGCAUAUAGUGGAACAGGAAGUGCUGAUUAUGGUAAUCCUGAUGGAUGAUGAGACCCCGAGGAUGGCUAUCAAUCAGGGGUUAGAAGUGGAGAUUGGCGAGACCAAGGUUAUCACAAACCGGGACCUUAAAGCCACAGACAUAGAUUCAGAGGACAGGAGCCUCACCUAUAUCAUCCGUUUGGCACCCGAGCAGGGUCUUCUGCAGCUCCUAAACAAGCAGAGGGAGGUGUUAGGCAACAUUACACGAGGUAUGAACUUCACCCAGGAUGAUAUAGACCAGGGUCUUAUCCAUUAUGUUCACACUGGCCAACAUGGGGUCCGUGACCUGGUUAAGUUUGAUGUCACAGAUGCCAUUAAUCCCUUGAUAGACAGAUACUUUUAUAUUACCAUCAGCAGCAUUGACAUGGUCUUCCCUGAGGUGGUCAACAAAGGGGUUACUCUGAAAGAGGGUGGGAAGGUGACACUCACAACUGAUUUGCUCAGCACAAGUGAUAUUAAUAGCCCCGAUGAAAAUCUGCGCUUCGGUAUCACCCGGGCACCUAGUCGGGGUCACUUGGAGAACUCAGACAGUCCUGGGGUGCCUGUUACUGCCUUCACUCAGCUCCAACUAGCUGGCAACAAGAUUUACUAUAUCCAUACUGCAGAGGAUGAGGUGAAGAUGGACAGCUUUGAGUUUGAAGUGACAGAUGGCCAUAAUCCAGUCUUCCGCACCUUCAGGGUCUCCAUUACUGAUGUGGACAAUAAAAAGCCAGUUCUAACUAUCAAUGAGUUGGUGGUUGAGGAAGGCGAGACCAAACUGAUCACCCCAUUUGAGUUAACUGUGGAAGACAGGGACACCCCUGACAACUUGCUCCAUUUCAUAGUAAUUCAGGUCCCUGUUCACGGCCAGAUUUUAUACAACAGCACCUACCCUGUGACCAGCUUCACUAAACAAGACUUGAAUGAGAAUCUCAUCAGCUAUAGACAUGAUGGUACAGAAACCAGCCAGGAUAGCUUCUCCUUCACUGUCACUGAUGGAACCCACACAGACUUUUACAUUUUUCCUGACACAAUCCUGGAGACUCAUCAACCCCAGAUGAUGAAGAUUCACAUCAAUUCUCUGGACAAUGGGGUGCCACAAUUAGUGGUAAACAAGGGUGCCCCAACCUUGAGAAGCCUUCCAACAGGGCACUUGGGUUUCCUAAUCACCAGCAAGUCACUGAAGGCAGAAGACAGAGACAGCCCACACAAACUGCUGAAAUACAGAAUUACAGAUGGGCCAGAGCAUGGGUUCAUCAUUAACAUUGGCUUUGGAAAUGAGAGCAUUAAUACUUUUACACAAGCUGAUAUUGAUGAAAUGAAGAUUAGCUAUGUCUUGAAAGAGGGUGACAAUGCUACUAGUGACAUCUUCUACUUCUCCAUUGAAGACAAUGCAGGGAACAAGCUAAAGAGCCAACCCUUUCGUCUGAACUGGGCUUGGAUUUCACUAGAGAAAGACUACUAUGUUGUAGAUGAGGACUCCAAGUUCCUGGAGGUGACUCUGAAGCGCAGAGGAUACCUGGGAGAGACAUCUUUCAUUGGUAUUGGAACUAAAGAUGGAACAGCAGAAAAGGAUAAAGAUUUCAAAGGAAAACCUCAGAAACAGGUCCAGUUCAAUCCAGGACAGACCACAGCUACCUGGAGAGUGAGGAUAGUCAUAGAUAAUGAAUAUGAAGCAUCUGAAACUUUCCAGAUUGUCUUGUCUGAUCCUGUUAUGGCUGCCCUGGAGUUUCCAGAAAUAGCAACUAUUGAAAUUGUGGAUCCUGGUGAUGAAUCGAUAGUGCAUAUUCCUCAGCUUGAGUAUAAAGUAGAAGAAGAUAUUGGUGAGCUGUUCAUUCCUAUUAGGAGAUUGGGAGACAUCAGUCAAGAACUAAUGGUCAUUUGUUCCACACAUCAAGGUUCUGCCACAGGCACCAUUCCGUCUUCUGUCUUGUCCUACUCUGACUACAUCUCCCGUCCCGAAGAUCACACCAGCAUCAUUCACUUUGAUAAGGAUGAGACAGAGAAAACUUGUCGCGUAAUCAUUAUUGAUGAUUCCCUCUAUGAGGAAGAUGAGACCUUCAACGUUACGCUAAGCAUGCCAAUGGGUGGACAGAUUGGUCCCGAAUUUCCUAGCACCAAAGUAAUCAUCCUGGCUGACGCAGAUGAUGAGCCAGCUUUAUACUUUGGUGACACUGAAUACCAGGUAGAUGAAAGUGCUGGCUAUGUGGAGGUUCGUGUCUGGAGAACUGGAACUGAUCUAUCCCGAACUGCCUCUGUCACUGUGCGUUCUAGGAAAACUGAGCCAGCAUCAGCAGAAGCUGGAGUUGAUUAUGUGGGUAUCAGCCGUAACCUGGAUUUUGCUCCUGGAGUCAACAUGCAGACUCUCCGAGUGACCAUCCUGGAUGAUCUGGGACAACCAAUGCUGGAAGGUCCAGAGAAGUUUGAACUAGUUCUCCGUAUGCCUGUGAAUGCAGCGCUUGGGGAGCCUAGCAAGACUACCAUCUUUAUCAAUGACACUGUUACUGACUUGCCCAAAGUCCAGUUCAAGGAACCAAUGUACACAGUAAAUGAAAAAGACGGACAAUUGGUGGUGCCCAUUUAUCGGAGUGGUGAUAUUAAUCAUAAAUCUACAGUCCGUUGUUACACUCGCCAGGGUUCUGCCCAAGUGAUGAUGGAUUAUGAGGAGAGGCCAAACACUGAUGACUCUGUAAUCACAUUUCUUCCAGGAGAGAUUGAGAAGCUCUGUGUGGUAAUACUGGAAGAUGAUGCCAUUUAUGAAGAAGAGGAGGAAUUCAGAUUAGUGCUUGGAACACCGAAAAGCAACUCCAUAUUUGGUGCCUCUAUUGGAGAGCAGAAAGAGACCUUGGUCAGGAUAAAGGAUGAAGAAGACAAACCAGUGAUUAAGUUUUCUGAAAUUAAAUACAGCAUUCAAGAGCCUCAGGAGCCUGGAGAGAUUGCAGUUGUAAAGAUCCCUGUUUUACGUCUGGGAGACGGCUCCAAAAUAUCAGUUGUAAGAAUACACACUAAGGAUGGGUCAGCCACUUCUGGAGAAGACUAUAAUCCAAUGUCAGAAGACAUUGAAUUCAAAGAAGGAGAAACUGAACAUUUUGUUGAAGUUGAGGUCCUAUAUGAUGGAGUGAGAGAAAUGAGAGAAGCAUUUACAGUCCACUUGAAAACUGAUGAAAAUAUGAUAGCUGAGAUUCAGGUGAACAAAGCCAUUGUGUACAUUGAAGAAAUGGACAGCGUUGCAGAUGUGACUUUUCCAGCUGUGCCCCAGCUUGUGUCGCUCCUGAUAUAUGAUGACACAUCUAAAAGCAAAGAGAACCCACAGCCUCCAACAGGCUACCCUGUUGUGUGUGUGACGGCAUGUAAUCCCAAGUAUUCAGACUAUGACAAGACUGGCUCUAUCUGUGCUGCUGAAAACAUCAAUGACACCCUGACCCAGUACCGCUGGCUUGUCAGUGCUCCAAGUGGCAGCGACGGUGUCACCAGCCCCAUGCGGGAAGUGGAUUCCAACACGUUCUUUACCAGCACCAAAUCCAUCUCCCUGGACUCCAUUUACUUCCAAGCGGGAUCAAGGGUGCAGUGUGCAGCACGUGCUGUGAAUGCCAAUGGUGAUGUUGGUUUGGAAUUGCUCAGUCCAAUUUACACAGUGAACAGAGAAGAUGGUCUAUGUCAGCCUCACAUCCCAGGAUCUGUUGGAGCAGAACCUUUCUCAGCCAAAAUUCACUACAUGGGUCCAGAAGAUCCUGAUUACCCCAGUCUGAUUAGAUUAACAGUUACAAUGCCGCAUAUGGAUGGAAUGCUGCCUGUUAUUUCAACUCAUCCAUUAUCCAAUUUCGAGCUGACUCUCAGCCCUGAUGGCACUCGAGUAGGCAACCAUAAGUGUUCCAACCUGCUGGACUAUAAUGAGAUCCCAACCAAACAUGGCUUCCUGACAGAGAGCACCAAGAACCCUGAAGUGAUUGGGGAAACUUCACCCUAUCAGUAUAGCAACCUCCUGCGAUCUGCCAAGACCUUGCGUUUCUACCGCAACCUCAACUUGGAAGCUUGUCUCUGGGAGUUUAACAGCUACUAUGACAUGUCAGAGCUGAUGGCUGACUGUGGUGGCUCCAUUGGCACAGAUGGCCAGGUGUUAAACCUGGUGCAGUCUUAUGUCACACUGCGCAUCCCCCUCUAUGUCUCCUACGUCUUUCACUCUCCUGUAGCGGUUGGUGGCUGGCAGCACUUUGACUUGCAGUCUGAACUACGACUCACCUUUGUGUAUGAUACUGCCAUCCUGUGGAAAGACGGCAUAGGCAGCCCCCCAGAAUCAGAGCUCCAGGGAUCUCUCUACCCAACCAGCAUGAGAAUCAAUGAUGAAGGGCGACUGGUUGUGAACUUCAGGACAGAAAUUCAUUUCCGAGGACAGUUGGUAAUGUCUCACCCAGGAACUUCAUUAUCCUCAAUGGUGAUGUCUGCUGAUCACCCUGGUCUCACGUUUACACUGAGUCUCUUGCGAAGCGAGCCAACUUUCCACCAGCCUGUUCAGCAGUGGACCUUUAUCUCAGACUUUGCUGUACGAGACUACUCUGGUACUUAUACUGUGAAAUUUCUCCCUUGUACUGCUGCACCCAACAAGGAAUAUACCCUUCCCAUCAUCUGUAACCCUCAGGAACCAAUCACCUUCGAGCUAGAUAUUCGGUUCCAACAGGUCAGUGACCCAGUAGCUGCUGAGUUCAGUCUCAAUACUCAUAUGUUCUUGCUCUCCAAGAAGGACCUCUGGAUAUCUGAUGGUUCCAUGGGAUUUGGAGAAGGAACUGAUGUGGCUUUUACUGAAGGGUCUGAAAUCUAUGGCCGAGUGAUGGUGGAUCCUGUUCAGAAUCUAGGAAACUCUUUCAUCUGUAACAUUGAAAAGGUUUUUCUGUGCACUGGGGCUGACGGGUACGUGCCCAAGUACAGUCCAGAUAAUAAAGAAUACGGAUGCCUGGCUGACUCACCUUCUCUCCUGUACAGAUUCAAGAUCCUGGAUAAGGCUCAGCCUGAGACCCAGACGAAAGCCUUUGGAAGCAUGGAGUUUCAAGCUAAAUUGGCAAUUGACCACACAGAUGCUCUUCCUUUAGUAAAGCAGCCUGGUUCUGAUGGUUUCAGUCUCUCAUCUGCUCCUCUUUUCCAGGUGGCAGCAGGCCGAGAAUGGUACAUUCAUACUAUUUACAUGGUUCGGUCAAAAGCGAAUGCAAACAGAGCAAUUGGCAAGAGAAGCCUAGAAUACCAUCAUGUGUUGUCCCCUGGUAGCAGAGAAACCAGCCUCGUGACCUCGAAGCGUAAUCGGAGAGCUAACCCAAUUGCCCCUGGCCUGUCCCAAGACAUUGGAGCAGAUAAAAACAGGGGCACAAAUAUUCAGCAUAUAGCACUUGACCGUUCCAACAAAAUCAACAUCAACCAGAAAGAUCUGUUCCCAGCAGGUGGGCAUUAUCAGAGGCCAGUGCUGGAAAUCGCCAGUGAAGACUCUGAAAACAAUAUUGUGCCUGUUGCCGGAGGAGCAGCUGGGUUGCUGCUUCUGAUCUCCACCACUAUCUUUAUAGUGUUUUUUUUAAAGCGAGAGAGACAGCCCUCUGCUGGGAAAAGAAAGCCAUCCAUUACCUGCUCCAGCAGCAAUGAAACUGUGACCACAGGACACAGCAGUAGUGACAGCUCGGAAGUCUAGGGGCUCUCAGAGCGUAUUAUACGAUUUCAUCACAAAAACAGAUGCUUAACCCUGGCUAAGUCCUUUGCAGAGACACAGAACCGACUGCUUUGAUUUUGCUGUUAGUCUUGUUACUUGCUUCUGAACAUAGGCAAGAAGGUGUGUGUGUGUGUUAGGUUCAAGUGUGAGUGACUUGCUUAUAGAGGUCAAAACUGUUUUCCAGAAUGAGCUGGCACUUGUUUAAACUGCCAUUUUUUUUUUCAAAACAAAAAAGAAAAAGCUUUUAAGAACCAGAUUGUGCAGCUAUAAAUGUGCCUUAUAUCCACAACAGAAGCCCGGUGCUCUUCAAAGGGAUGUUGGUUUUAGUUACUUGUACAGUAUGUAGGUGUCAUAGUUUUUGUAAGAUAGGAACUAAGAAACGGUGGAUUUUCACUCCUUUGGAAUGAAACAGGUUUGUGUCAGUUUCUAAUAGGAGACAUUGGUGCCCAACAAGCAUCUUCCCCUUUAACAGCUGCAAGACUCAAAUCAGAUCAGAAUGACUAGGUUCUGAUAUGCUACAAUUAACUACAAUAAUUUUGUUCUGCGUGUACAUAAUGAAUAGACCGUAGUUUCCAAUCUGGUACGAGUACCACCAGUGGCAUGCAGACAGCCUGUCAGUGGUACACGUUAACAAACUUAUUAUAAUUAUUUUAUACGACAAAAAUUUGCUGGUGGUACUUAACGUUGUAUUGUUUUAAAUGGGUGGUGCGCAAUCUGUCAGAGUUUGGGAACUGCUGGAAUAGGGAUUAGAAGCCUACACUGACUCCAUUGAAAAACAGUGACUGAGGGCAUGCUGACACGGAUUAGGGUGGCUCUUGAGAUAGAGUAGCUGAGUCCAAGUAAGAACUAUCAGAGCUAUCCCCCAAUUGUGCCAUGCUUAACAAUCAAGCAGUGAUGCAUCCUCAAGAUUCCUUUGGCAAAGCCCAUCUAAGAACUGCAGAAAAUCCAAAGACAGGAACAGGGAGUUGUAGGACUGCUGCUGGCUGAGAGCAUGGCAUUCACCAUGCAGGUAAGCUCCAAACACAUUGGGGAAAGCAGAGCACAAGAUGCAACUGGGAGUGGGGUUUAUACUCAAGAUAGCAGUGUGUAUAGGCUUGAAGUAGAUAUUUUGGGAACCCUCCCCAGUGUAGGCAAGCCCAUACAACAGUGAAAUCCCACAUGCCAGUGACAACUGAUAAAAGGUGGGUACUCACUACACACAAAUUGCUUCAUUCUCUUUCUAUUUCAAGACAUCCUUUCUUUGUUGUAGUUAAUGGGUCAGUGGAUCACUUGUUUCUUCAAACAGCUCCCUGGUGAGGGUCCUGGGGUUGUGUCACUAUAGAUGGUGUUCACUUUCUGCAAACAAACUUUACUCAACAACAAUAAAGAUUUUAAACCCCUGGGUACAUACAGGUCACUCAUCUUAUCAAAAUAUGUCGCUUGUGGAAACUACAUGGGAGGCAGUGGCAGGGAAGGACAGAACCCCACCAUUCUGCCUUGACACAGAGGCAGUUAAAUAAGCCAGAAAAGGCCACAACCUAAACCGCACUAUGGCAAUAGAAAAUACUUAUGUGCUCCAGCAAGCAGAAAAGUUCUUUAAUCUGUUUCUCUUGGAGAUCUCCAUUAUGAGCUUGUAUUCUAAUGGUAAAAACAAGAGGCAGCAACAUGUUUCUAGUCACUGCUCAACGAUCCUAUGAAUUUUUUCAAACUGCUUAUAAAUACUGAGUAGUUUACAAAUUAUGUGAGGAAACCACACACACAAACUUUUUUGCAGUAUGCUAAUGGACUGUUCAGAAAAGUGUCAAAUAAAUUAUUCACUCAAUUCUUUUGCUAAUUGCAGCCUGUAUUAAUCUUGUGUGAAUUCUAUUUCCAGCAGUUUUCAUUGCAGGCGAAUCAAUUUUAGGGCUUGGGGGAAAUAAUUGGCUUUAAAAAUCAGUAAGAUCAGUAACUGCUGUAGUACCUGGCUCAGGAGACCGUUUAAACCAUAAUUGUACUUAACAAGGUAUAUUUGAAAGCCAUUUUUCUUAUAUGGUUAACAAGGUGCUACAGCAUUCAAAGAGAGCUACUUAGACUUCUGUUACAGAUUUGACACUAGUCUUGCAUCAACUUUCUAAAAACAGGCAAAAAGAUGUGUGUUAUGUGAACAAUGAGUAUUAGAACGUAUGCUCCCCAGUUAAAGCAUGGUUAACCCAUUGAUAGUCAUCUGGAGGCAAGUUAUAGACAAAGGGCACAGAACAUGCUUGUAUGAACUCAGUAAGUGUUGUCUUAUUACACUAUAUCCCAGCAAUUGUACAGUAACUGUUUUUAUAGAGACCUUAUACAAUGCUCUGUUUUAUUUGUUCGCGUCUUAGUGCUCUAUAAAGGCAACUGUGUGUGGCCUAAGGAGGAGAUUUAAAAAGGUGAAUUUAAUGCAUGAUGAAAGACCAGUGUAUAGUACAACAAUGUUUCAUUCAAACUGAGAUGUUCUGGUUUGUGUUGUUAAUUUGCAGCUCCUUCAGGAAACAUGCUGAAUCUCACUUUCUUUGGGAAAUGCCUGUGAUGGUUUAUCCAUACCAGUUAGUUCAUGUAACAGAGACUGAGUGAGCUUGCAAUGGGGCAGCUCUGUUCCAUCGCAAUUCCCGUGCUUAGGGCUUACCCUACAGUUGAGCAGAGGGGCUUACCCCCAAAUACUUGAACUCAGUCUAACACAAAAGUCACAGGGCAGUCAAAACUAAUUUAAAAAUGCAAGUACAUUGUUAAAAUGUCAGAGACUGUAGGAUAGGUCUUAGCACAUCCUAACAGGUGCUAAUAAAAUUUACA